CGGGAGUUACGGCCACUGCACCCCAGGCUCGGAGAAGAGCCUGCUGGACCUGGACCUCGCUGAAGGCCCCAGCCCCACCUGCUGCCAGGGCCUGUUCCUCCCCACGGGAACCCCACCACCACGGGCUCACCCCCCAGCCUGCGAGAGGCUGUUGUAUUUGCCCCACCCUAAUAGGUCUCCCAGACCCCAGGCCGCAUAUGUGAACGGCAGCCUCCCAGUCACACAACACAUCAAGCAGGAGUCUCUGCCUGCCUACCAGGCCAUGGCCGAGGCCCGCACACCCCUGUCUGCCCACUGUCGGGUCCCGCCAGCCACUGGCCUGCACACAGACCUGGACGUUUCGGGCCGAGGCCUCGCCAACCCCGCGCUUUCCUGCUACCUUCUGGGCAGCGAACCCAGCUCUGGCCUGGGCCCCCAGCCUGAGGCCCACCUCCCGGAGGGCGGUCUGAAGCGCUGCUGCCUCUUGGGCUUGCCCCCGACCUCCUCGGCCUCUUCCUCACCCUGUGCCUCCUCCGACGUCACCUCCAUCAUCCGCUCCUCCCAGGCGGCUCUGGUCACCUGUGUAAAUGGACUCCGGAGCCCCCACCUGCCUGGAGACCUUGGGGCUCCUCCCAGGCGGGGCCGGCCUGGCGCUCCAUCCUCUGAGGGCCACGAGGGCAGCUUGCAACUUGACACCUGCAGGAAGGCAGGCUUCCUGAAGCAGGAGCCCACAGACGAGUUCUCAGAGCUCUUCGGGCCUCACCAGCAGGGCCUGCCGCCCCCGUACCCCCUGCCUCAGUUGCCACCUGGCCCGGGCCUCGGAGGCCUGGGGCUGGGGCUGGCGGGCAGGGCAGCGGCCGGGCAGCAGGCCUGCCGUUGGGUGGACUGCUGCGCGGCCUACGAGCAGCAAGAGGAGCUGGUGCGGCACAUUGAGAAGAGCCACAUCGACCAGCGCAAGGGCGAGGACUUCACCUGCUUCUGGGCCGGCUGCGUGCGCCGCUACAAGCCCUUCAACGCCCGCUACAAGCUGCUCAUCCACAUGAGGGUGCACUCGGGCGAGAAGCCCAACAAGUGCAUGUUUGAAGGCUGCAGCAAGGCCUUCUCACGGCUGGAGAACCUCAAGAUUCACCUGAGGAGCCACACAGGCGAGAAGCCAUACCUGUGCCAGCACCCGGGCUGCCAGAAGGCCUUCAGCAACUCCAGCGACCGCGCCAAGCACCAGCGCACCCACCUCCACGGCCAGAGGCUCUCAGGGCCUUCUUUGUCCCGCGAGCACUGCAGGCCUGCUUUUCUGCUCUUCCAGCUGGUGUUUGGGGAACUCGUGGUGCAUUUCCUGGACCCAGCCCCAAAGCAACAGGCCUCUGGCCCCCACUCGGUGCGUGAGCAGAGCUCCAAGGCCUCAGUCAGGUCACACGGAGGGACCCUGGCCCUGAGGGACGGGCCCCCGCUCACCCCACCUGUGCCCCCAAUGUUCCAGAAGCCGUAUGCCUGUCAGAUCCCCGGCUGCUCCAAGCGCUACACGGACCCCAGCUCCCUCCGCAAGCACGUCAAGGCCCAUUCAGCCAAAGAGCAGCAGGUGCGUAGGAAGCUGCACACGGGCCCGGACCCCGAGGCCGACGUCCUGACUGAGUGCCUGGCCCUGCCUCAGCUCCAUAUGUCCACACAACUCACUGACGGAAAGAGCAGCCGUGCCCUGGGUCAAGAGCUGCUCCCAGGUGUGUAUCUGGGCUCCAUCACCCCCCACCACGGGCUUGCAUCAGGCACCCUGCCCCCCACGCAUGACGUGCCUUCCAGGCACCACCCACUGGAUGCCACCGCCGGCUCCCAGCACCAUCUCUCCCCUCUGUCCACGGCUGAGAGCGCCAGGGACGGGUUGGGGCCCGGCCUCCUCUCGCCCAUGGUCAGCCCCCUGAAGGGGCUCGGGCCACCGCCACUGCCGCCAUCUUCCCAGAGCCAUUCUCCGGAGGCCCAGCCCUUCUCCACACUCCCCAGCAAGCCGUCCUACCCUUCCUUCCAGAGCCCUCCGCCCCCACCUCUGCCCAGCCCGCAAGGCUACCAAGGCAGUUUCCACUCCAUCCAGAAUUGCUUCCCUUAUGGCGACUGCUACCGGACAACCGAGCCAGUAGCUAGCGGGGAUGGGCUGGCUGGGGAGGCCCACGGUUUCAACCCUCUGCGGCCCAAUGGCUACCAUAGCCUCGGUGCACCUUUGCCUGCCACAGGCUACGAGGCCCUGGCCGAGGCCCCGUGCCCCACAGUGCUGCCGCCGCAGCCAUCCGAAGACGUGGUGUCCAGCGGCCCUGAAGACUGCGGCUUCUUCCCCAAUGGGGCCUUCGACCACUGUCUGGGGCACAUUCCCUCCAUCUACACAGACACCUGA